AUACAGAGUUCCUGCUUGAAACGGCAUAUGUUGAUUCAUACUGGCGAGAAACCUUUCAAAUGUGAAAUGUGCAAAAAAUCUUUUAAGCACCAUUCUCAUUUGAAAAAACAUAUGGUGGUUCAUACUCCUGAGCACUCACGUUUCAGAUGUGAAGUAUGCACAAAAUGUUUUAUGCACAGGUCCGAUUUGAAACAUCAUAUAGUGAUUCAUACUGGCGAGAAACCUUUCAAAUGUGAAGUGUGCAGAACAUUUUUUAGGCAUAGUUGCAAUUUAAAACAGCAUAUGUUGAUUCAUACUGGCGAGAAACCUUUCAAAUGUGAAGUGUGCAAAAAAUGUUUUACACAGAGUUCUACCUUGAAACAACACAUGUUGAUUCAUACUGGCGAGAAACCUUUCAAAUGUGAAUUGUGCUCAAAAUGUUUUUCGCAGAGUUCCAGCUUGAAAAAUCACAAAAAGGUUCAUAUGUAGUUCCAUCUUUAAAAAGCCAAAAAACAUAUGUUGACUCAUACUGGUGAGAAACCUUUCAAAUGUAAAGUGUUACUACAUGAUAAAACAAACCGGCCUCGGUGGCAUCGUGGUUAGGCCAUCAGUCUACAGGCUGGUAGGUGCUGGGUUCGGA